AUGGGGUACUUCGCAGACCUCAGACAGAGCCUGAGGGCAUUCACGCCCCAGGAGCGCCGCAACAUUGCCAUCUACAUCGCCGGCAUCAUGCUCUACAAGUUCGGCCUUGAGGCCUUUAAUGGCUCGGUAGUGGCUCUGGCAACCAACCGCUACGACUAUGAAGCCAUCCGCGACCAUACCCCGAGCCGCACCUUUGAGCGCGUCGGCCUUCUCACCGGCCUGAACCAAGCUUGCCAGUGUAUUGGUUCCAUCUUGAUCGGCCCAUUGGUCAAGAGAUAUCCCACCAAGAAUGUACUGGCCUGCGCUAUUGUCGUAUUUGGUGUUUGCUCGGCCCUUUUGCUCAUCAUCGACGCCGCCACGGGCGGUACCUUUAUGCCAGCUGCUUACCGCACGAAUCACCCCAAGAAUGAAUGGUCCUACUACGGGACGUACAAUACCGACGCCAUGAUCCCCGUGUACUGCGUCAGUGGCAUCGCCUACGGCAUGGUCGAGCUCAUCCGCAGAGUCAUUCCCCGCGAUAUCGUUGGAGGAAACGUACAGAAGCUGAAGAAGAUGGAUUCACUCGUUCAUAUCUUUUACGAGAUUUCGGGUACCGCAGGCGCCUUCGUCACCGGCCUGGUCAUCAUUCCGCAGCUAGGAAACAACAUGGCCUUCAUCAUCACGCCCAUUUGUUUCCUGCUGUGCGCCAUUGCUUGGUUCUUCGUUGGCGAGCUCGGUUUCAAGCGUGAGAAGCACACCACCCUCCACAACAGGCCGGCGUACUGGAAGGCAGCGUUUGGUGGUCUGUAUCUCUUCGGCCAGUCUGUCUGGGUUGGAGCCAGGAUUCUCUUCACCUCACGCAAGUUCAUCUGGCUCGUUCCCGGCUACGCCGUUGCCCUCUACGCCCACCGAUACCUCGAAAACGGGAUUGCCCCCCAAGUCGCCCGACGCUACCUCGGGGAAUCAGCAUGGGCGCAAAUCAUAGUCGGCGGGUCCAACCUUGGCGAGUUGCUUGGUGCCCUGUCUGUGCUCCUAUUCACCAACGCCAUUCAGACCCCCAUGCCAUGGCUGCGCUUGGACGCCCUGCUCCUCCUGGUCGUCUGGUACAUCCCCUACUGGUACCCCCCUUCAGGCCAGGUAGGCCAGGCAUGGAUCGUCGCUGCGACCUUUACCCCCAUCUCCUUCGGCUGGGCCGCCGGCGACGUGUCGCUUGCCGCCUACAUCCAGGCCUCCCUUGCCCGGAUCGAGUCUCAGAACAAGGACGUGUCGGCGCUUGGCGCGGUCAUGGCCUUCCUCUAUUCCUUCUACAUCGUCACAUACGCGAUAUCGGGCACGCUCUUGGGCCGCUAUCUCGAUGGCGUGUACAACAGCAGCGGCGGCACCCGGGGCGGCGGGACCAUCCGCAGUGGUCUAGUGUAUACGGCCGGCGUGCAGUUUACGAUCAUUUGUGCGCUGGUUCUCGCUGCGACGUUUGUGCCGAAGGGUGCACUGGCGUUCAACCCCAAGAUGAUCUCUGAGGAGGCGCUCGAUGAUGAUCAUAUUGAGAUUGAAGACCGCCCAGCGCCAAUCCCGGAUCCUGUCAGUGUUAGCGGACAGGGCCAUCAUGGGUUCAAGAAGAGCUAUUGCUCCAGCGAUGACGGGUCGGAGCCUGUGGAGAAGAAGAUUAGUGAGAUCUUGUAG